AUGAAAUUUGUUGCCCUAAUAUCUGGUGGUAAAGACUCGACCUAUAAUAUUUUACACUGUCAAAAGAACGGACAUGAAUUGGUAGCGUUUGCAAACCUACAUCCAGAGAAUGAGGAAGAGCAAGAGUUGGACAGCUUCAUGUUUCAGACUGUGGGGCAUGAUUUAGUGAACUGGUAUCCUAAAUGUAGCUCAAUUCCACUCUAUAAACAAGCUAUUCAGAGGAACAGUUCAAAAAACGUUGCAUUAAACUACUCCAAGACUAAAGAAGAUGAGAUAGAAGAUUUAUAUGUGCUCUUAGACAGAGUAAAAAAAGAUAUUCCAGAUCUAGAGGCUGUGAGUGUUGGUGCGAUUCUAUCAUCAUACCAAAGGACUCGUGUGGAAAAUGUGUGUUCCAGGUUGGGACUCACUGCGCUUAGUUAUUUAUGGCAGCGUGACCAACGUGAACUUAUGGAAGAAAUAUGCUCCAUGUCGAAAGAUAUAAGUAAGCAGGGAUCAGAAGCUGCACAAGAAUUUGGAAAACUUGAUGCUAGAAUAAUUAAAGUAGCUGCAGUUGGUUUGAACCAAAGCCACCUAGGUAAAUCUUUGCCAGAACUAUUACCCACCAUGAUUAAAUUAAACUCUAUGUAUGAAGUCCAUAUAUGUGGAGAAGGUGGUGAAUUCGAAACAAUGGUUUUAGAUGCUCCAUUUUUCAAGAAUGGCCAUUUAGAAUUGAGGUCAAUUGAAGAUGUUACAGAUGAUAAAAACGAUGGAGUUUUCAACGCUUCCUUCAAUGUCGAGUUUGUUCCACAUGAAUUACCUGCGUGGCAUUUACAAGAGCAGCUUGAUAAACUUUUAACUCCAGAAGUUCUCAGUGAGAAAUGGCAGGAAGUUUAUUCGAGAAUGGAGUCAGAAAAUCUAGAGGAUCUCAAUACUUCUGAACUGGAACCGUCUUGGUCAAACCCUAAUUCUUUCCCCAUUUCAAUAAACGAAGUCGGAAAAUUAUUGUACAUUUCCAAUAUAGCUUCUUCCAACACGGAUAGCCUGAAAGCUAACUGUUUGGAAGUGUUUUCACAAUUGGAUUCAAUUUUAAAGUCUAGAUCUAUAUUUCCUUCCCAGAUUCUUUCCUCCUCGCUAUUGCUUUCAGACAUGAGUAACUUCCAAGAGGUUAACUCCUACUACAAUGACUUUUUUGACGUUGAGAAGAAUGGACCUCUUCCACCAGCUAGAGCAUGUGUUGAAACUUCAUUGUUAAAUCAUCCUUUACAGCUUUCAGUAAUUGUAGAUUUAUCUUCUAGAUGUUUACCAGUAGACGGUGGAAUCAUACUCAAUACUUCAAAAGAUGGUCUUCACGUUCAAGGAAGAUCAUAUUGGUGUCCAAAUAAUAUUGGACCUUAUUCUCAGGCCACCUGGAACAAUUCUGACAGAAACCAAGUAACAUAUAUUAGUGGCCAAAUAGGAUUAGAACCUGCAUCCAUGGAACUUUGGAAAGGCAAUGAUGGCGGGUCAAAGGUUCCUGAAAUUGUCUUGUCGUUGAGAAAUUAUUUUACCCUCUCGGAAACAAUAAACAGUAAUACCCCAGUCAGCAUGGUAUGUUAUAUUAGUGACUCUACAUCUCUUCAAAUUGUCACAAAGGCUUGGUCACUACUUACUGAAACUCUUCCCAAUGAAUCUGAGCACUGGUUUGAUCAGGAUCCAAUUGAGCAAAACAUAUUGAUUAUAGUCAAAGUUAGCAAACUUCCAAAAGGUGCUAUAUGCGAAUGGGGUGGUAUCAACUGCCAACAAUUAGUAAUUGAAGAUGAUUACGAUGAAGAUGAUCUUGCUGCGCAGAUCCACAAGAAUUUGACACUCAAGAGUCAAACAGAAUUACAGUUACCACUAGAUGCUACUGACAUCACUAUUUCCGAAAAUGGAGUUAAUAGGCAUUUCAUCACAACAUUCCUAGAUACUGAUGACGAGUUAGUUAAAACACUUUCAGAAUGUAAAGAUGCUCAGAUUACGCUGUAUUAUACGCCAAACCGCACAGUCCCAGAGUAUACUCAUGUAGAAUACAUUCCAGUGUCCCAAGUCUAUGAUCAUACUUCAGCCGUUAGAACUUAUGGUCUAAUCAUUAAAUACUGA